GGAGCCGCGGUGCACUGUGGGAACGGGAGCUCCAAAAUGGAGAACCCUAGGGAUGCUCCGGGGAAGACCAGCAGGUGGUUUGGGGUCGCGCAGCCUAAAUCGGCAAAGACGAACGUGAACAUCCUUCAUCAAGAAGAGCUGAUAGCGCAGAAAAAGAGAGAGAUUGAGGCUAGGCUGGAGCAGCAAGCAAGGCAGAACUAUCUGAGCAUACAACAGCUACCUCUGUUUGGAGAAGAUGAAGGUACUGAAAAUGAAGCCUCUGUUUCCAACAAGUUUGUUAAUGAUGGCAGUUUCCUCCAGCAGUUUCUCAAGCUGCAGAAGGAAAAGUCAAGUACUGAACCUCCCCCAAGUUCUGCUAAUAACUCGGCAAACACUUCUACAUCAAAUGUUGGGAAGAAACCUAUGCUUUUUGGGAGGCGCCCUGGUCAGGUCCUGAGCAGCAUGCUGCACCAAGUCAAGAACUACUCCCAUUCCAAACAGACCCCGGUCGUUAACCGCCUCAGUGUGUUUCAGUCACCAGAUGAAGAUGAGGAGGAAGAUUAUGAGCAGUGGUUGGAAAUUAAAGUUUUACCCCCAGAGGAUGCGGAGACCCGACAAGUGGUGGAAAAGCUGGCUAGGUUCGUGGCUGAAGGGGGACCAGAAUUAGAGAAAGUCGCUAUGGAAGAUUACAAGGAUAACCCAGCUUUUUCGUUUUUACAUGAUAAGAACAGCAGAGAAUUCCUUUACUACAGAAAGAAAGUGGCAGAGAUAAGAAAAGAGAAUCAAAGUUCUCAGGCCUCCUCUUCUGAGAAAGUUUCACCCCCAGAGGAUGAAGAGACAAAGAACUUUGCUGAGAAACUGGCCAGGUUCAUAGCAGAUGGGGGUCCUGAGGUGGAAGCUAUUGCCUUGCAGAACAACCGAGAGAACCACGCUUUCAGGUUUUUAUAUGAGCCAAACAGCAAAGGCUACAAGUAUUACCGGCAGAAACUGGAGGAGUUCCGUAAGGCCAAAACCAGCUCUGUGUGCGCCCCCUUGCAUCUAGAAUCCAGUCUGAAAAGGAAGACCAUUCCAGAGGCGUCACCAUCACCGUCAUGCUUAUCGUCCUUGCCCCCGUCCUUGCCCUCACCCUUGCCCUCACAGUCACCAUCAUCCUCUUUGACUCCAUUUAAUCAAACAGCUACAACUACUGAUACAACAACAACAACAGCAGCAGCAGCAGAAGCGACAACAGCUACAGCUGCUGCUACUGCAACAGCUACUGCCACAGGCACUACUAAAAAGAAGCGGAAGAGCAGGUGGGGGCCAGAGGAGGACAAGGUUGAAUUGCCUCUCCCACAGCUUGUUCAGCAGCAGUUGGAUUCUUCUCCUUCCCCACUUUCAGUUCAGGACCUCAAGGGUCUUGGUUAUGAAAAAGGGAAACCAGUUGGUUUAGUGGGUGUGACGGAGCUCUCAGAAGCCCAGAAGAAGCAGCUGAAGGAGCAGCAGGAGAUGCAGCAGAUGUAUGAUAUGAUCAUGAAACACAAGCGAGCCAUGCAGGAGAUGCAGAUGAUGUGGGAAAAGGCAAUUCAGCAGCACCAGCAUGGCUAUGACAGCGAUGAAGAGGUAGACAGUGAACUGGGGACAUGGGAGCAUCAGCUUCGACGCAUGGAGAUGGACAAGACACGAGAGUGGGCUGAGCAGCUGACCCAGAUGGGCAGAGGGAAACAUUUCAUCGGAGACUUUCUUCCGCCUGAUGAGCUGGAGAAAUUCAUGGAGACUUUCAAGGCAUUGAAGGAAGGCCGUGAGCCAGAUUAUUCUGAAUAUAAAGAGUUCAAACUGACCGUGGAAAAUAUAGGUUAUCAAAUGCUGAUGAAGAUGGGCUGGAAGGAAGGCGAGGGACUUGGCUCGGAUGGACAGGGGAUUAAAAAUCCAGUCAGCAAGGGAACUACUGCUGUGGACGGAGCUGGUUUUGGCAUUGAUCGUCCAGCCGAGCUAACCAAGGAGGAUGAUGAGUAUGAGGCAUUCCGUAAAAGAAUGAUGCUGGCCUACCGGUUCCGACCAAAUCCAUUGAACAAUCCACGGCGACCUUACUACUGAUAGCAUUUUUGGGACAGCAUAUUUUCCAGUUGUAAUUUUACUGUGAAAUGUUAUGAAAUUGCAUUAUCAUUCUCUUAUUUACUAAUAUUGUAAAACUUACUGAAUUCACAGUACCAUCCUUCACCCAGAAGAAAGGCCUGCCAGCCCACUCACAGCACACUUGAGUGUCAUGACAACUGUGUUGUAACACAGCCUGGAUGGUAUUCAGAAAAGAAAAAGGAGCAGGUGACAAUGGAGAUUUUUAUUCGGUGUCCUGCUGAGUGGAAGGGUAGCACCAAAGAUACCAAUAGGAAUAGUUCAGGGACUCUGUUUUCGUUAUAGCUCAGUGCCAUGUUACUUAUCAAGGAAUGCUUUUUUUUUUUUUUUUUUUUUUUUUGCGUAAUGACAGAUCCAUCUGUUCAGAUAGGCAGCUUCUGCUGCCCCGUCUUUGUUUUUUAUUGCAAAUAUAAUGAGACUGUCUUCAACCUGACUUCUGGGGCUAUUGUUUCGUCUUUAUUCCUUGAAGAACUGGGUUCUGAUGGUGUCGUGAAGUCAGAAGUCUCGAGUCUGACCUCCAGCUGACAUUGCAAAACCAGUGCCUAGUUGUUAUACCUCUGCCCUGUGGAAGUCAAGGUGUGGAUUGGAGCGUGGCUGCAAGGACUGAGGUACCCAGGGGAAGCUCAUUCAACUUCAGAGGCAACAGCCUCUUGCUUUCUUGAACACUAAGUUCACCCACAGCUUCCUAGAAAAACGAGAGUUGCUAACGCUUUCCGUGGAUGUGGGUGAUAAAGAACCAAGCCUUCGAACGCAGUUUAUCAAAGGCAAUUUGGACUAUGUUGUCAUAUUAAAACACCUCUGCAAAUAUAAGUUUUCUUCAUUGAGUCUGUAAAUAAAAUAAAAUUCAUUUGUUCGUUAAUUUUUUUUUUAAUCACUGAAUCAUUGGGAAAAGUGAUCUUGCCAUAGCAUUUCAUAGGCCAAGAGACUGCUCUAGUUCUCUUUCCUUCCCAAUAUCUUGGAGGAAAGUUUGUGUGUUUUCUAAACAUUUGUUUUUCCUCAGUCCACAUACCAAGAUCUUGCUACGUGGCAUGUGUUUCUCUUUUGUGAACUUUUCUGAAAGCCAAACCAUUUACUCUAGGUUGUUCAAUAAAAAUAUUCAAAACGGUAA